AUGUAUCGUCUUCGUACCGCUGAUCGGGGUCGUCCCUUGAUUAUUGCGGACAAGCUGAUCGAGGAAUAUGCCGACAACAACGUCGACACACUCCAUAAGAAGAAUCUGCUGGCCCUUGGUGAGGAUCGAUAUCUGACUACAUUAAUGACCAAGCACUUCCCAACCAUGUCGUACAAGUUCAUUCCCGAUGCCUACGCGAGCACGGCAGCGCCUGAGACAUGGUCAGUUCUUUUGUCCCAGCGACGUCGCUGGAUCAAUUCGACUGUUCACAACUUGGUCGAGUUGGCCGCUUUGAAGGACCUCUGCGGGUUCUGUUGUUUCAGUAUGCGUUUUGUCGUCAUGGUCGAUCUCCUGGGAACAAUCAUCCUUCCAGCAACCUGCGUCUACCUUGGUUACCUGAUCUACCUUAUUGCCAGCGAUACCGGUCCAUUCCCACUGAUUUCCAUCAUCAUGUUGGCCGGUAUCUACGGUCUGCAAGCGAUCAUCUUCAUUGUCAAGCGCCAGUGGCAGCAUAUUGGAUGGAUGAUCAUCUAUCUCCUGGCGUACCCGAUUUACAGUUUCGUUCUUCCGCUGUACUCGUUCUGGAAGCAGGACGACUUCAGUUGGGGUAACACACGUGUCGUCAUUGGGGAGAAGGGUUCCAAGCGUGUUAUUGCAGUCGAGGACGAGCCAUUUGACCCGCGCAGCAUUCCCCUCCAGCGCUGGGACGACUACGCCCUUGCCAACAACCUUCCCGGCCGCCGUGGCGACUAUGCUGCAGGGCAAGAAAAGGGCUACUACGCUGGCCGCUACAUGGAUGACAUGGUCAUGGAGAUGGAUGAUAUGCAUUCCCAGUACUCGUCUGUGAAGCCUGCGUCGACAAUUCUCACUGGGUUCCCUGGUCAAGGUCGUCACUCCUACAUGCCGCCGCAAUCACCAGCUCCCUUUGGCGCAAAUGUCCCUGGCAACAGGAAUUCCCACCUUUCCAGUUUCUCCCGAUACACCGACCAGCCUCUCCAGGCGAACAACAUGCAGUCGCGGCACAUGUCCAUGGGCAACCUCAGCCAGUUUCAAGAUAGCGGCAUGACCAACCGCCACAGCGUCGGGUUGAUGCAAAGCACAGACAAUCUGCUUGGCGUACCACGCCGAAGCUCACGCAGCCCAGUCGGCGGCGGUUUCAAUUCGCGGCCCGCCAGCGCAUUCGACUUCCGAGGCACCGGUGUCAACGGGCCGGAUGACAGCGCUAUUACAGAGGCGAUCCGCGCCUGUCUCGCCGAGGUUGACCUCGAUACCGUCACCAAGAAACAAGUCCGCGCUUUGGUCGAGCAACGACUCCAGACGACACUCGUCGGUGACAAGCGCGCAUUCCUCGAUCGCCAAAUUGACAACGAGCUCGCAAGCAUGUGA